AUGGAGUCACAGAUCCACGUGAACGACCUGGCUCGUGGAUACGUCGUGCUCCUGCACCACAUUGACACUGCCUCCCCUGCAGAAUCCCUCGACAAUCCGUACUUCUCCAGUGAAAACAGGCGCGACAUGUCAUCGAAGGCGAUCGCCGGGGUGAUCGGUCGGGGGCGGACCGGCAAGAUCCAAAGUCCCGAGCCGCGAACCAUCCCGGAGGAAGAUUAUAAAGAACUGUUCCAAGAGCUCACGGGGAGCGUCGUCGGCUUGCACAGUCGGAGUCGUGCUGUCCGCCCGCGCCAGCUGGGUUGA